UUUACGCAUAUAAAUUGAAUGUGUUUCUUUAUUUACUAAAUACUCUUGUAUUUUGCUUUGACUUUGCAUUGUUUCUCUUUUACUGUCUCGACGUUUUAUUGAAUGACUUUUAAAAGUCGAACUGCGCAGUUGUCGCGUACGAGUGACGCUCGCGAGCAACAUGCGUCCUCGCGCGGUACUGCUUCACUUUUGUGUUUACAAUCAAAUACUGAUGCUAUGAAGCUCUGGAACUUACAUGACAGUACUUAGAGCAGGUGAAAGCAUAGUAACAUUUGCAUGCACGGCAGUGUUGUUGGUUGGUAUCUCUUGUUGACUUUGUUUCAGGUGAAGAUCUAUUUUAUACCUUGAAUGAAUUCCACGUGAAGCCUUCCGGUCCUUGAAGAUGUCUGAUGCUUGCACCUCUGACCCUGCUGGAGCCAUCAAGGCCAUUGACAGGAACUCGGUGCAUCAGAUCUGCUCAGGACAGGUGGUGCUGACUUUGGCCACUGCUGUCAAGGAGCUGGUGGAGAACAGCAUCGAUGCAGGAGCCACUAAUAUUGAUGUGAGGCUGAAGGAGUGUGGAGCUGAACUAGUAGAAGUGUCCGACAAUGGCAAAGGAGUUGAAGAGGCAAACUUUGAAGGAUUGACUCUGAAGCAUCAUACGUCAAAGCUGAGGGACUUCUCUGAUCUUAUCCAUGUGGAGACGUUUGGCUUCAGAGGUGAAGCUCUCAGCUCUUUAUGUGCUCUGAGUGACCUGGGUGUGGUGACGUGUCAUGAGUCAAGUCAGGUCGGCACAAAGCUGGUGUUUGACACUAAAGGACACUUGGUGCAGAGGUCGCCUCAUCCAAGGCAGCAGGGCACCACCGUCAGCCUGCAGCAGCUCUUCUACACGCUGCCUGUUCGACACAAGGAGUUUCAUCGCAAUAUCAAGAAGGAGUAUGCCAAAAUGAUCCACAUCCUGCAGUCCUACUGUAUCAUCUCCACAGGAGUACGGAUCACCUGCUCCAACCAAAAUGGGCAGGGGAAACGCAGCACCGUCCUCAGCACCAGCGGCAGUCAGAGCAUGAGAGACAACAUAGGAGCUAUAUUUGGACCCAAACAGCUGCAGAGUCUGCUGCCUUUUCAGCAAGUUUCUCCCUCAGAAAAUAUUAUUGAAGAAUAUGGACUCAAAGAGGCAGAUCUACCCAAACAGCUUUUUUCUAUCUCAGGGUUUGUGUCAAGAGGAGAUCAUGGCGUUGGGAGGAGUGCCACAGACAGGCAGUUCUUUUUCAUCAACAACCGACCAUGUGAUCCCUCAAAGGUGAUCAAAGUUGUGAACGAAGUUUAUCACAUGUACAACAGACAUCAGUAUCCAUUUGUGGCUUUGAACAUAACUGUUGCUUCUGAGUGUGUGGACGUGAACGUAACCCCAGACAAACGUCAGAUUUUCCUUCAGGAGGAGAAACUCCUGCUGGCUAUUCUUAAGACGUCACUCAUCAACAUGUAUGAGACUGGAGUCAAUAAGAUCAGCCUGAACUACACACCUAUACCAGGACCAAAAACAACACCUGCGUCCAACAGCUGUCAGGUUGUCCCAUCCAGUAGAAGCACGCAAGAACCUGAAGAGGACAUGGAGCCCAUGAUUCAGAGCCCAAAGUCAUCCAUAAAUAUGGCCGGACUCAAAGCUGCUUUUUCAAGUCAUCACAGCUCGAGUUCUGGGAGCAAGUCAAGUGCAACAAAAGCUUCCAACUGUGGCCCAGCACAGAAAACACUACAGUCUUUUUUCAAGGGCUCUGUCAAACCUCCAGUAUGCACUUCAAGUUCAAAAUCUCCUUCAAAAGCCCCAAGAGACAUGGCUAAAUGCUCUUCAGGGUCAGGGGGAAGGUCAGUGCUGGAUGGGUUCAGAUAUGGGAGAACAACCAGCAGUGAUGCAGACUGUGAAAAAGACAGCGUGGUGUUAGUACCAGAGACUCAGCCUUGUGAGCUAGAAAUUGACAGCCUCAUUGUCAAAGAGGAAACAGUUGAAGAAAUGUCUGACAACACUUGCACUGUUCCUGAAAAUCAAGAGUUACCCACUGAGCCACACACUUCUAACAAAGACUUUUCCAAGAGCCCUGAUGCCAAAAGAGCCAGGACAGAGAAGCUUGAUUUUCCCGCAGAACCUACAUCUUUGAAACAAUCAGAGAAAUCCUUCUCAUCAGUGGAUGCUCCUGUCUCCCUACAGAGGAGGACGGUGCCUCUCCAGUUUUCUUUACAGGAGCUAUCGCGGAGGCUGAAAAGGUUACGAGAUCAGCAGAAAAAGAGCGAAGGGGAAAGCCUACGUUACAGACGCUUCAGGGCCAAGAUCAACCCCGGAGAAAACCAGAGUGCAGAGGAGGAGCUCAGGAAAGAAAUAAGUAAAGACAUGUUCAAACAGAUGGAGAUCAUCGGCCAGUUUAACCUCGGCUUCAUCAUCACCAAACUCAACUCUGACAUCUUCAUGAUAGAUCAGCACGCCACAGACGAGAAGUAUAACUUUGAGAUGCUGCAGCAGCACACCGUGCUUCAAGGACAAAAACUCAUUGUCCCUCAGAAGCUUCACCUCACUGCUGUCAGUGAAAACAUCCUGAUAGAGAAUAUAGAGAUUUUCAGGAAGAACGGCUUUGAGUUACUAAUCGACGAAGAUGCUCAGGUAAUGGAACGGGUUAAGCUGGUGUCGGUCCCAACCAGUAAAAAUUGGACAUUUGGCCCAGCUGACAUUGAAGAACUCAUCUUCAUGUUGACUGACAGCCCGGGGGUCAUGUGUCGGCCAUCCCGCAUCAGGCAGAUGUUCGCCUCCCGAGCGUGUCGAAAAUCUGUGAUGAUUGGCACUGCCCUGAGCGCCACUGAGAUGAAGAAACUUCUGGUCCACAUGGGUGAGAUCGAGCACCCCUGGAACUGUCCUCAUGGCCGACCCACCAUGAGACAUCUCGCGAACCUGGAUAUUAUCUCACCAGACUGAGCACAUGAAGGACAAAACUGCUGAAAUAUUUCCUUACAAUGUUUUAAUUCAACUGGAAUGUGAUUCCAUGAAAGUAAAUUUCUGUUAAACACUAAUGUUGGUGCAAUGACGGAGGUACUCUAAAUAUGUAUAAUCAAACGCUUUACAUUUAAUGUUUAACAUGUUUUUAUUAUACCUGUUCAGUUAGAUCUGAUUCUAUUCUAUUUUGGCCUCAUUAUUGGGGGAAAUAAAGACAACAUAUUUCAA